AUGUCUGUCCUCUGGAACAGGUCUUCACCGCAAACGGAGCUCAUUGUUCAGCGAAUGGAAGCACAGGUAGAGACGUUCGAUGGGUUGUCCAUUGAUUUCCAGCGCCGGUACUUCGGCCUUAACACUGAUGUCUCAGGCGUUGAUAAAAAUUCCAACCCGUGGUAUAAGGACUACAUUAAGGGCCUGGGAUUGAGCCGUAACACUAAUAGCCCGGGAAUGGGGUCGACCUGUAAUACCGGUGCCACGUCCGACACCGAGAGCUUAGCCUGCCGUUCGGGGUCUCAACUGUUGCACCAAAUACGCGACAAACUCGAGGAAAUGGAUGCUAAACGAGAGCCCAAUUACUCCGCAUCGGGUCGGACGUCACCAGCCGUUGAUAUAACUGCGGGACCACCGCAUAAGACAUCCAUUUCCACUGCAAGUUAUCGACACUCGGGCGACAAUAGGUGCGAAUCGGCCGGUGCUGACGGUUUGCCAGACGUUCCCAUUCCGGCAAUCAUUAAAACAAUGGCUGUUCUCAUGGACUCCGAGCGCAAAACGAACGGUGGCUUCACUUUCGCGGUGAUUAUGAGUCUGCCGUUAGGGACGGCUAAUGGCUGUCCACUUGAAGACAAUUACGAGCUGCAGAUGCAGACACUGGACAGUCGUAUCGAGAGGACUACCGACCGAUUGGACGCUGUUUGGGGUACUAUGGGUCGGGUGGGCGUAAGCUCAGUGUCGGCGCCGGGAUGUGAGAGUCUGAGGGGGGCGGACGUGGAGGACAUGUCGGCGUUUGUUAAAUAUUUGUUUCCCUUUCCGUACAUAACUGUCGGUCCCAAAGAGUGGGUGGACAGACGUAACGCCCGUUUGUUGCAGUAUUUGCUACUCAAACGGGAACUGGCGGUCAAUAUGGAGGCCCUAUCGAGGGCUGGGAAUUUACUACAGAAAUGA